UCCACCCUGGUGCCUUCGCUGCUAAACCAUUCACAGUCUUCUUUCAAAGUUCACGAGCUCGAUAAGUCAUCACUGCGUUCUCAGCUUUAGGUUUUAAUGAUACCAUGGCACCAGUCAUCUGUUAGUGACCAGCACAUCUGUCUUUUCCCAUCACAUAUAGUGAUUGUAAUCAGCGACGAACUCCGUCUUUUGUGAUAGCAGCAAAAGUAUUUGAAUACAAAUACUCGUACAAUUUUAUGAGAUUCCACUCUUCGAAUAGUGACCAAAUAGAAAGCCAAUCUGUUGUGUUACCAACGGCAAUAUUUUGUGUCAGUGACUGAAAAGUAGUCAUCCGUGACACUUGACGUGUGAUUGUGGCAAGUGUUGAUCCUGGCGCCGCUAGUGUGAGGCAUCAUCACCAGUUGGUGGGCGCGGGCGCACGUGCUGACAGUGGAUCUUUACGUCUCCGGGAAGGUGCAGUAGCCGAUUACCAUCACUCCUGGCAGAGGACAUAAUCCUGCACGUAUCACCAGGAACCUCAGGGAGCCACGCUUCCACCAGCUGCAUGUGUUAGUGAUGGUGUGUCCGGGGCUGAGGGAUCCGGGCGGGGAGGGACAUGAGGUCGUCAGUGAGCGUUAUCCUCUCCAACCCACCGCCCGACACUACCAUGAGUUACCCAGAUUACUGCACAAGCCCCCACCACCACCAGACCCUACUGGUGCUCGUCAGACAAGUGGGGUCCCAAUUAAAGAGCCGUUCAUUUCAUAAGCUCUAUGAUCGCAUUAGUCGUGUAGGUCAAGUUAAGGUAAGUGAUUCAAAUGGGUCCCAACGCCCGGUGUGGGUCACUUACCGACGUGAUUACCCCGUGGAGAACAAUGACUGGGGAGACUUCCAGACACAUCGCCGAGUUCUUGGCAUUAUCACAAUAGGUCAAGUGGGUAGCCAAAGUGAUCUAAAUGACAUUUGUAAACAACAUGAAAGCCUCAAAGUUAAAUACUCGUCCACAUUGUAUGACUCUCGCUGUAUUAUCUUGGGUCUUAACCCAGAUGGUACUAUGUAUGAGGCAGAUUCUCGUGGACCUUCUCGGGGUACCUCUCCAGAACCCAAUGGAGGGCUGGAUUCUGGCCCUCACCCUCUGGCUAUUAAUGGCCAUACUCACCCGACACAUGUUAAGAAGAUCUCUGCAGGUAGUACUGAUAGAGACAGUGGUGUAUAUGAGACAGUUAGCGGUGAAGAUAAACCUACAGAUUCUGACAGCCACUCAGAUAGUCCACAGGGUCUCUCAGAGGGUACAACAGACCUCAAGAUUGAGGCUAAUCACGUUAAUGGGUCGGACUCAGGGAGUGAAAGUACAAGUGAAGUUGGUUGUUGUGAUGAUAACAAGAUAGAUUCUCCACGGGAUUCAACUGCAGAUUCUGCCCCAGAUUCAUCUCACGACUCUGCUCAUGAUACCAGCCAGUCCUCCAUCAGUACCUCAACCUCCCAUUCCUCAAGACUCUCCCUCCAACCUCCGUCUAAUUUUAAGACUCGAGCUCUCUUCUACCCAACUGGUGACCAUGCUGUAAACAUUGAAAGUCAGCUACAAGAGUUUGUUAGCUCAUUAUUUUGGGUGCUUGAGUCAAAGCGUCUAGAUAAAAGUCAAGAAAAAUUGGAAAGACCACCCCUGUUGUGCGCUCCCUUUGAACGUAAGGAUUUUAUUGGUUUGGACAUGGACUCACGAACGAACAAGAAACGAUGUGUCGGCCGGUUAAGGAAACAGCUGGCUGACCUAACAUUGCAAGCAGGGUUACCAACUGAAGCCAUCAUGCAUUAUAGUCAUGCUGCAGACACACUCCGCAACUGUAAUGAUUGGCUCUGGCUCGCUGCUUGUUUUGAGGGCUUAUGUGCUGCUUCUGUGGUCACGCUUUAUCCCAACCUGCGCCGAAGUUUUGGCCUUCAACGUUUCUCCAGCCUUGGUGUUGGAGGCAACCUAGGGGGCUCAGGUGGCAUAGGUAAUAGGAGUCGCAAUGGAUCAGUGAACACUAACUCACUGCCUGCAGGCCUUGACCCCUCUAUAGUGAAACAGACAAGUAAACACUGCCUCUCUCCUGAUGAUAUUGUUGACAAAUAUCGGGAAGCUAUUGUACAUUAUAGUAAGUAUCGUAAUGCAGGGGUGGUGGAGACAGAGGCGAGUAUCAAAGCUGUACACGUACUGAUUGAGCAAAGACGCUACCUCAUGGCUGCAGAAUUCCUCUCAAAUGUUGUCUUCAUUAACCUUCAGCUCUCUGAUGAGGAAAAGUGUACUACCUUGCAGAUUGCACGCUUCAAUGCUCUGGCAGAUCUUUAUCACCAAAUUGGAUUCCACCGGAAAGCCUCUUUCUUUCGGCGUGUAGCUGCAAUGAGAUGUGUAGCACCUCAGAAUCAACAACCUGACUGGGGUCAGUGUUACCGCCUGUUGCUGCAGACCCUGGAGGGAUAUAAAGUUUGCCUUGAUCCUUUAGAAUUUCGAAAGGAUGGUAGUCAGGGUUGGCCUUCACUACAAAUUCAGAUCCUGCAGGAGUUAGUGGGUACUUCACGAAGGAUGGGUCAACAUGCCCUCUGUACUCGCCACCAAGCAUUCUUAGUUUGUGCGAUGCUGCCACACCUGAGUGAGACAGAACGUCAAGAAACUGCCACUAUGUUGGAGUCUCUCAGUGCAAGAAGUGGGAGUGGGCCAGCUCCUCUAGUUGUACAGGAAACUGGGAUUAUCAUACCACCUGUCAACUUCCUCAACAUACCUGUCUGCAGAAAAGUGCGUCUAAUAGCCCCAGCAACUGGUAGAAAAGCAGAGAAAAAGCUCUCAUUGACUGGAGAGGAAGAUACAGGGCCAUUCAUCUUUUCUCCCUUUACUUCUCUCACCAGCAUUAAUGAACGUCGUACAAAUGGCAAAAUGGAGUUUGACUGGGUUGAAGGAGAUGUGUGUGAGAUCUGUUUGGACCUAGAGAACCCAAUGCCUUUUGAACUUAAGGUUACUAACAUGAUGCUUAUAACUGAAGGGGCUCAGUUUGAGUCUUGGGCAUCUACGACUGUACUAAAACCUGAAAAGGGUCUUCAGUCAGUCACCAUACGAGGGCGACCACAAAGUGCUGGGGAGUUGCGAGUUAUAGGUUACUCCUCCACUGUUAUGGGAGUCAGCAGCAACUGUCGACUAAAAUUCAUGUCGCAGUUGAAGAUGCCGCAAUACUCUGUAAAUGUUGUGCCUGCAUUACCAUUAAUACAGAUACUGACUGGCAACUGUAGCACAGGAAGUUUAGGUGUUGAGAGACCAGUUGGUGAAGAGUGUGGAAACUUGCACUUGUCCUUGUCUGCUGGAGAGACCCAUGAGUGCUCUGUGGUGCUACACAAUUUGUCAUCCCAGCCAGUGGAGGAACUCACCAUCACCCUUGAAUCAAAAAUGGACAAAGAGUUGUUAAAUCAGGUGUUUCAAUACAGUGAGGAAAACAUCCACGCCCAGCUUCCUAUCCCACCAGGUGGUAAGGCUUCUCUAACCCUCUAUGUUUAUGCUGUUUCUGACUUCCUGUGUCCUGGUCGCUUAGAUGAGUCCUUGGAAACAACUAGUAUGAUUUCUGGCAGUGAACCACCGUCCUUAAUAUCGGGUGGACCUUCCUCCCUACCCUCCAGACAAUCUGCAGCUACCUCAAGCACCCGUGGGGCACGCACGCGUAGAACAGAUUCAUCCGCUUCACUGUUAUCAUCCCGUUCAGGAUCAAGCGUAAGAUCUGGAUCAUCUUCCUCCACUCAGGCACCUUCGUCAACUAUUAGAACCCGAGCUACACUCAACACACCAGGCUGCACUGGAAGAACACUAGAUGCCACCUUGAUGGUGAAAUAUUCAGGUGGAUCAGGAAUGAGUGCUGAUUUUUGCCGCAGUACCCAAUUGACGAUCAAUAUUGAGGUGACGCCCUCACUGCUGGUGACCAGAUGGGAUGUUCUUCCUGCCGAGUUGCCUCACCAGUGUUAUGUUGUGCUGGACCUCCUCAAUUGUGCCUCUCAUGAGAUGGACCUCCAUUACACACCCACCAAGCAUAUUCUCAUAGAAGCUGGAGAUUCUUGUAGAGUUCCUGUUCCUGUUGACCGCUGUCCUCUUGCUACUCUCACACAGGAUACUAAUAUGAGUGAGAGUGGAUGGGGAUGGUCAACAGUUCUUGGGGGUCAUGUUGCAUCAUUGGUAGAGCUUCGAUGGACAUUAGGUCCCAGUGACACUCCAGGCCGAGCAUCCCUUGCUGGCAUAACGUUCCCUCCAUCAACUCACGACCUCAUUACCAUGGCUCCCAUUCACUGGGAUGUUCAAGUGGAUGGGCAAGAUGUAGUUGGAGGAACAGAAAACAGUGGAGUGGUCGGUCGCACACUAGAACUAAAUGUUGGAAUAACCAAUACAAGUGGAGCUCCCUUGCCCCCACUCAGCCUACGUCUCACCGCUUUUCAGGACCAUCAGAAUGGCCACCUGAACUAUCGUCUAGAAGCUAAGAUGACCACAACAGGAGCUACCAAAUUGACUACACCUCAGUUAGCUGAGGGGGAAGAGUUCCAGCACUGCUGUGGGCUAGUCUUCUUCACUGCAGGAGUGUACAAAGUAGAGGUGACAUGCUCUCCAGCAGCUGCAGUUGCCCAGGCAUCGUUUUAUGAGAAUGUCACUCCAGCACACCAACAUGCUUGGAAGUUUGCUCCACCAUUAGAGAUAACAAUAACUGAUGUAUGAUUUUGGUGCUAUGUUUCAGAAAUACCUUAAUGUUUAAUAAAUAUUUAUGAAGAAGUAAAUGACAUUAAAUUUUAGAGUGGUACCUCAUGAUUAAGAAAAUUUACCCAACAAUAUCACUGUCUUUUAAGAGUUAAAUAUACAUUAUAUCCGUUAUAUAUAUAACUAAUAAUUACAAACACAACGAAGACAUUCAAAACAUCUUCAAACUUGUGUGUGUUGUACAAACACUCACUAUCUUUUGAGUUGCUUGCAUUUUAUCUCUAUUUACUGGUGUACUCAUAAUAACAUGUGUUGCUACUGGUCAUACUUACAAGAAGCUGUACUUCAGAAAGUCAUGGUUUGAAUGUGACAGUAUUUCAGUAACACAAUAUCAGUAUUGUGAGUGUGGUCUUCCCGUUGGAACAUCACAUCUGUGGUAUACGUAAAUGCCUAAUUGUUAAUGAAGUGUUUAGCUACACAUUUUUUAUUAGAAUCUGAAAGUCACUUUUAUCUUCCAAAUGAGUACAAGGCUGCCAAAUUAAUAUACUGAAAGUAAUUUUUUUUCUCAAUAUCCCAGCCUCUUUCAAGCAUCCUUGAAAGUACUGUAAUGUGCUCAGAUGCAUGGUUGUAAUACAGUGAAUUUAUUCAGAAUGUGCCAACAAGCACACUUUUUUAUUUGAAAGUAAGACAUGUGAUUUGAUAUAUAAAGAUGACCUAAGCUGUAAUGGUAAAAUUUUGUUAAUGCCUCAUAUUUCUUAACCAAGAGUUUGGCUUCCCAAGCAUCCAGAUGAAGGUCAGAUUUAAACAAAUUUAAGGAAGAUGUUUGUGUGGAUUUAAACAUCACACAAGUAUGGAUUAACUUGGGAUGUAUAUAAGUUGGCCAUAUGGGUGGUUGAGGUAUAAUCUUGAUUAUAUAUCAAGAGUGUACAGGGAUUGCUGUUGGAAAAUAGUAAUUUUUAUACAAAGUAUAUGAAUUGCAUUAUAACAACCAAAGUACCAUAGAGUGAUAUGUAUAUUAAGCACAUAGUAUAUAGUUAUGUUAAUGUAUAAUAGAUUACCGAUUUCAUAUGUACAACAGCACAACAUUUGUGCAUUUUGAACUUUGUGAUAUGUAAAAUUUUGAGUGUAUGAUAAUGUAAAGAAUAUUAUGUAGCCUCUGAUCCUUUAGUUGUUGCUUAGUUUUGCUGUGCUCUACAUUGCAAUAAUUUCUAUGCAUCAAAUUAUAUACUGUAUAUUCUGAAAUCUUGUAAACUGUUAAAGAAGUGAUUCUUCCUUAUCUUCAUCCAUGAUGGACAUGUUUAUCUCCUUAUCAAUACUCAUCAUCAACUGAACUAAGCAUGAUGCUCCAAGACACAUCACAAACAGUGUCUAGUCUCACCAGUAGUAAAACCCUAAACUAGCAAUGAUGUUAAACAGUUUUAUUACAUACUGAAAAGUUACAGUUUACUAGCCACAGUUGAUCGAAAGAUGUUAAUGGAAUCUUGGAUGUCUUUUAAGUGACCCUUUAAUGCCAAUAAUCUUGCAUUAACAGAAAACUUCCUUUGGAAAGCAUGGCACAGUGAUGAUAAUAUCUUAGACCUACUUUGCAGUCAUAUUGUUGUUAAAACUGUUGCAUGAUUAUUUAUUCAGGAUGUUUAGUGUCUGAUGUAACAUACCAUAGGCAUUUUAGAAAUGUCUUAAUUGUGUAACCUGAGAAGUUGAUUCUACAUAUACUGUACACCAGAACAGUUGACAUGCAGUUUUCUCCCAUCACUUGAAUUACUGCUCAUCUCUCUACAUAAAUAUGACUGUUUAGGAUGAAUAACUGCAGUGCAAGUGAGAUCUACUAGAUUUAUGGAGGGUUUUUAACCUGUCAACCUGUUGCACAGUAAAGGAGUUACCCUCCAAACUCUCAAUUGGAUGAGCCAUUAAUAUAUAUUCUUUACUUUCACUGGAAUAAACUAGUCAGUAUAUCCAUAAAGACAAACACGAACAUUUUCCAUGACCAUUACAAGUAUAUAACUUUAAGGUGGAAUAACCUACAUCUAAUUUGCCAUUAACCAUUACCAAUUUCUCUGAAAUAACAUUAUUUAAUACUAAUUUUUCUUCCAUCUUAUUUGCAAUAAAGAAAUUUGAUGUGACUUUACUUAUGAUAUCAUGAUGGAACUCUUUUAUAAUACAUCAAUGGGCAUGCUUUAAGAAAUUAGGAAUAAUAGUUUUCUUUUGUCAUAUGUUGUAUACAUAAAGGAAUGUCUCAAGCAGAAUCUUUUCUAUACAGAUCUGAGAUUGAAUCAAGUCAUACAAAAAUUAUAAAAAGUAAGUUAUUCUUAAAUGAAAUUUCAGUUAAGAGAAUUUAAACUGAUUUUGUAGGGUAUUUUAUGUAGACAUUAAAGAGAGGGCUGCAAGUAGUGUAAGAGAUAUAAAAAAAGUACAUACGUAAAUUAAAUUACUCAACACCUACAAGUCUAGAAAGUCAUAAGACCAGACUGGAGUAUUUUGGAUAAUUAUAUUCUUAUUAGGUUAACACUGGAAUAACAACAAUGAUGCAAAUAUCAUGUACUGUACUGUAACAUCAGUGGGUAUUACAUAGAAACAACACAUAAUGUAGAAAUAGGUAGUUUGUGACAAUUUAAUAUGUUUACUUUCUUUCUAUACUAUACUUUUUGUAAGGAAUUUCCACAACUACUAAAUAUAACAUUUACAAAUCUCAAAAUUCACUACUCUGAUGGACAGUGUACCUAACUUGUGUACUCAACAAGGGAGGCAGCUGUACGAGUUGUUUGGCAGGUGAUUAAGGUGGUUGAUUUCUCAUUGCGCCUAUGAAAUUAAUUUUCUCUAAAUUUACUUGAUUUUAUUAUUUAUUCAAUUUAGUAAUAAACAGAAAUUUAA